AUGGGUAAUUCCAAGGGAUUUAUGAUAGGAAAAUGGGUUCCUUGGGUUUUGAAGGCAGGGAUUGUAGGGCUGGUAAUGUUUGCUGGAUUUACAUAUGGGGAUCAAAUGGAGGAUCCAGAGACUGGUUUACUGUGUAUUAGUGAUUGUACUACAUGUCCAGUCAUAUGUUCACCACCCCCUGCUCAAGUAGAGUCACAUCCACCACCAGCACCAUCAUACCCACCACCAGCACCAUCAUCCCCACCACCAGUCCACCACUCGCCACCACCGCCUCUAUUUUACUACUAUUCCCCGCCACACUCACCGCCACCUCCACCUCCACCAUCACCGCCGAAAGAAUCACAAUCAUCUCCAUCAUCUCCUUCAUGGGGUCCUCCCCCGCCGCGUUUUGAAUACUUCUACAACAUGCCUCCUUCCGGUCCUGUGCUGCCAACAACAGCAGGACUACUGCAUAACAAUUCCUUUCCCUACUAUUACUUUUACGCAUCAGGGGCUUCUUCUGUUUCUGCUCAUGCGGCCUUGUUUUUUAUUAUCUUCUUGGUUCAGCUUGUGUUUUCUUUUUGGUGA